AUGGGAAGAAGGAACUCCACCAGUGUGCCUGACUUCAUCCUCCUGGGGCUGGCGGACUCUGCAGAGGCGCAGCUGCUCCUCUUCCUGCUCUUCCUCCUCAUCUACCUGGUCACGGUGCUGAGGAACACAGGCAUGAUGCUGCUCAUUCGCCUGGAUGCCCAGCUGCACACCCCCAUGUACUUUUUCCUCACCCACCUGUCCUUUCUCGACCUCAGCUACUCCAGUGUCAUCACCCCUAGAACCUUACAGAACUUACUGGCUUCCUCCAAGAGCAUCUCGUUCCUGGGCUGCUUCACUCAGCUGUACUUUUUUAUACUCUUUGGUGCUACCGAAUGCUUCCUUCUCUCCUCCAUGGCUAUUGACCGCUAUGUAGCCAUCUGCAGCCCUCUGCACUAUCCAGUCAUUAUGUCCACAAGACAGUGCCGUGCCCUGCUCGCUGGCUCCUAUAUGAUUGGCUUUGUGGACUCCACUCUGAACGUGGUUUGGAUGAGCAGACUGCAUUUCUGUAAAUCUCAUAUCAUCCAUCAUUUUUUCUGUGAUACAUCCCCAAUUUUAUCUCUGUCUUGCAGUGACACAUAUAAUGUUGAAAUCAUUUUAUUCAUUUGUGCUGGGUCCACCCUAAUAGCAUCCCUCAUCACCAUAGCUGGAUCCUAUGUGUCCAUUCUCUCCACUAUCCUGAAAAUCAAUUCCACGGCAGGAAAGAAAAAAGCCUUCUCGACCUGCGCCUCUCACCUCCUGGGAGUCACCAUCUUUUACAGCACCAUGAUCUUUACUUACUUAAAACCAAAGCAGUCCUACUCCUUAGGAAAGGAUCAGGUGGCCUCUGUGUUUUACACGAUCGUGAUCCCCAUGCUGAACCCUCUCAUCUACAGCCUCAGAAACAAAGAGGUGAAACAUGCUGUCCUUAGAAUCCUGCAGAAACAAAAAAGUGAACGUUUACACAGAUUCCAGCACCCGAGCCUGUUCAGCAUUGCCUUCUUGGUCCCAGACCUAAAUGUUUAUCCGUGUGACUGGAGCCCUCUGGCUCACAGGGAAUAUCACCAAAAAUGGGACCCCAUGUUCCUACCCAUCCUGGAUGGCAUAGCAAAAGCAGGUGGCCUAACUAUGGGCAGAAGAGCCCUUGGGUUAGGACAGAGCCAAUGUGCACAGCUAAAUAACCAAAUAAUAGUAGACUUUGGGAGCAUAAAGGACCCUAUGGACACCCUCGAGGUGCAAAUUGAUUCUUUAGCCACGGUUAUCCCACAAAAUCAGAAGGCUUUAAACCUCCUGACAUCUCAGCAUGAGGGAACCUAG